AUGUACUUUACGUCGGACUUUUGUAUUCCUUCCUUCCUUCCUUCCUUCCUUUCUUUCUUUCUUUCUUUCUUUCUUUCCUUCCUUCUGUCUUUCCUUCCUUCAUUUUUCAUUCCCUCCUCUCUUCUGCCUUUUUCUUUAUUCAUUCCUUACUUGCUUCUGUUUUUCCUUCCUUCCUUCCUUCUUCCUUCUGUCUUUCCUUCCUUCCUUCCUUCCUUCCUUCCUUCCUUCCUUCUGUCUUUCCUUCCUUCCUCCUGUCUUUCCUUCAUUCAUCCCUUCAUUUCUUGUCUUUCCUUCUCUCUUUCCUUCCUUCCUUCCUUUCUUCUAACCUUCCUUCUGUCUUUCCUUCCUUCCUUCCUUCCUUCCUUCCUUCCUUCCUUCCUUCCUUCCUUCCUUCCUUCCUUCUUCUCCUUUUUCUUCAUUCAUUCCUUACUUGCUUCUGUUUUUCCUUCCUUCUUCCUUGUGUCUUUCCUUCCUUCCUCCUGUCUUUCCUUCAUUCAUCCCUUCAUUUCUUGUCUUUCCUUCUUUCUUUCCUUCCUUCCUUCCUUCUUUCCUUCCUUCUGUUUUUCCUUUCUUCAUUCUUUCCUUCCUUCCUUCUUUCAAUCAUUCCUUCCUUGCUUCAUUCUGUCUUUUUUCCAUUCCCUCCUUACUUCCUUCUGCAUUUCCUCCCUUCAUUCCUUCUUUCUUUCUUUCCUUCCUUCUGUUUUUCCUACAUUCAUCCCUACAUUUUUUGUCUUUCCUUCUUUUCUUCUUUACUUUCUUCAAUCUUUACUUUCUUUAUUCAUUCAUACUUUCCUUCCGUCUGUCUUUUUUCUCCAUUCCUUCCUUACGUCCUUCUCCCUUUCCUCCUUCCUUCCUUCCUUCCUUCUGUCUUUCUUUCCUUCCUUCUGUCUUCCUUCCUUCAUUUCUUGUCUUUCAUUCCUUUCAUCACUCCUUCCUUCCUUCAUUCCUUCCUUCUGUCUUUCUUUUCUUCAUUCAUUCUUUCCUUCCUUUAUUCAUUCAUUCCUUCCUUCUGCUUUUUCUUCAUUCUUUCUGUCUUUCCUUUCUUCAUUCUUUCUUUCCCUCCUUCAUUCAUUCCUUCCUUCUGUCCUUUUCUUCCUUUCUUUCUUCCAUCCAUCCUUCCAUCAAUCUUUCCUUCUUUCUGUCUUUCCUUUCAAUCUAUAUUUAUUUCUUUCUUGCUUGUUUUUUUUUCACUGUUUAUUACUUCGAGCACUCUCUUUUUUUAUAAGUUUUUUUUUUCUAUUUUUAAACUUUUUUGCUUUCCUUUUUUUCUUUCUGUCUUUCUUUUAUUUUCGUCAUUUUUUCAUUCUCACUUUUUCCAUCGAUUAUCAAGCAUCAUUUUUCCUAACUCUAUUUUUUAUUUUUCAGUUCUUUUCACUUUCAUGUUACUUUUUAAUAGUUUUCCAUUUCAUUCGUUUAACAUACACUAUUCUGUCAUUUUUUUUCUUAAUUUAUUUCAUCCUUUCUUUCGUUGUUGUCUUUUCCCGUUCAUUCUUUAGGUUAUAUUUCUUCGUUUUUUUUUUUUUAUUUUCCUAUAUUUUACACUUCUAUUCUUUCUUAUCUCUUCUUCUAUCUUUUUCCUACAAUUUUGUCCUUUUCUUUUUCUUUCUUUCUUUCUUUCUUUCUUUCUUUCUUUUGAGACUUCUUUCUUUUUGGAUGCAAAUCUUUCACUUUUUUCUUUCUUUCGUUGUUUUCUACUUAUUUUUCCUUUAUUUUGCUUUUCCAUUCUUUUUUUUUAAUCUCUUGUUCAAUCAUUUUCCAAAUAAUUUUUUCUUUCUUUCUUUCUUUCUUUCUUUCUUUCUUUCUUUCUUUCUUUCUUUUGGUACUUAUUUCCACUUCCUUUUUUGGUGCCAUUCUUCUCCCUUUUUUUUCUUUCUUUCUUUCUUUAUUUAUUUAUUUAUUUCUUUCUUUCUCCGGUUUCUACUUAUUUUCAUGAUUUUUCCUCUUCUAUUCUUUUUUUACCUCUUCAUCUAUAUUUUCCUGCAAUUUUCUUCUUUCAUUCUUUUGGGACAACGUUCAGCUUUCUAUUUAAUGCCAUUAUUUCUCUCUGUUUUUCUUUCUUUCUUUCUCAGUUUUUUACUUACUUUCCUGCUUUUUUCCUCUUCCACUAGUUCUUCUCUAUUGUUCUUUCUUUCUUUAUGA